AUGGAGGUUAUAUUCGAUGAGAGCACGCCUCUAGCUGAGUAUCUAGAAGGUGACGGCACUUUCGAGCCGGAGCCUCCUGUCGUUCCUACGUACGAGAACGAGAUCUUGGAUGUGCAUGAGAACAACCAGGGUUUCGCGCCAGUGAAUGGAAGCAUAGCACAGAAGAAGAGUAGGCCUCGCUUGAGUCUCUCACCAGCGCAUCCGGUACAACGGAAGGGCACAGUCGGUCAGAUACACGAUGUCUGCUCUACAGCCGUGAACUCGCGUCUAGGGCGUGCGGACAAUGCUAGAUUCUUGGAGCACUUUCGAUAUGUGAUUGUCGCGUCACAACUAUUGAACGAAUACUUGGACCAUGGGUCCUUUCAGCCAAAUGCGGACACGGCAUCACUGCCAGAGCGAAAAGCGGACGGUCUGGGCCUGCCUUUGACGCCAACGACCUUGUAUGGUGCAGCAGCAACAGCGGCGAGCGCGUUCGCUCUAGUCUACAUACUUCAUUGGGCACUCGUUCGACGCGGUGGCGGAAUAAGCACGAGCCGAGUGCUACUUGUGACUGCAGUCUUUGUCACCACUGCUAUCGUGGUAUAUGCAUAUCUGCGGCGGCAAUGGCUGAAGUUCGUACGGCGCAAUGCAGUAACUGCAGCAUCAAGCUUAACGGCCAAUUGGCAGGCAUUCGAAGUCUCGGCGAGUACUGCGCUGUCACUCAUCCAGGAAGUAGAGCUGGUUUCGAAGGGCUACCGUUUGGGCACACCGCUCCCACCUGCGUCUCGCCUAGACGACAGUAGCACAGCUCGAAGGUGCAGCAGAUUACGUAAGGCGCUGCUCAAGUCCUAUCGCACGCUACUAGGAGCCUGUACUGAAGCAUGUGGGACACUAGCAACACUGAUUGACGAAGAUGACCUUGAGAGAUACUAUGAGAUAUAUGAUAUUAAUGCCCAAGAUGCCAAAGAGAGCUUUAUGGGCGAGGAAGGUGUCGACACGGAAGAUGAGUUGGAGUCGCUGAAGGCACUCCGUGUCCUAGGCUACAGAGCCAGUGUGCUUCGACGCGUCACGCUAUGCUCGCUUAUGGCAUUAGAAGCAGACGGUGGUAAGCCAGAUUUCCACCACUGGCGGAUGUGUAUAGAGGUGAUGCAAGGCAUGUCAUCGCUGCUCGGCGGCUCCACAGACAAGCUGAAGCACGUACUUGGCGACAUGGAAAUCAUCAACAUGCCCAUCACGCCAAUCAAAUCAACCAACCCGGCAGCUCGCGAGAAGAUGCGCACUCAAGUGCGUAAGAUCAGCAUGCUUUCCUCCGGCAUCCGUGGCCUCCAGGCGAAGAUGCAAAUAUUGCGCGAAGAAACCAACAAAUCAAUCGAGCAAUCGGAAGACCUGACUGAUCUCGGCCCUUCGCUAAUGGCACAAUACGACUCCAUCGGUGUAGACCUCCGCGAUCUCAUGCAAGCCUGGGAGACCGGCAAAGCCUCUCUGCAGACCAACAUCACGAAACAAGAACGUCGCAUAUCCAUGAACUCGAGCGCCGGCUCCUGCAUCCGCUCUCCUGUCUCCAGUCUCGGUGGCCUGACAGCCGUAGAAGAAAGCGGCAGUCCAGCAGAUGCGCUCAAAGCUUUGACCGGCGACACAUUAUCCAACCGGUCCAGUAUGGCUACCACGCCUUCCGACGAGGAGCAGGUCUUCGAAGCAGUCGCUAUGCCACGACAGCGCAGCUCUCUCACACGCGAAGAACGUAUCGUCAGAAUGCAAGAGGAGCGGGAUCGGCAGGCGACGUUGAGAGCGAAGCGGGAGUCGAAUACGAAUAUGCUUCGUGAGCUUGAGACGGUCAUGAACCUGCGGCCACGACCGAGAAGCAGGACUGGUACUGCUGCGCGUAUCACUUCGAUAUAG